UAUUAUCGGUCAGCCUAUUUUGUCACGUUGUAGAAAGAUAAGACAAUUAUUAUAUUAUUAUUAUAAAUUAUUCUUAUAUAGCUUGAAAAUUUCAUACCUGUUUAGAGGAAAACGUGUGCUUUGAUGGUGUUUUAACUUUUAGAUAUAUUUCGUUUCUGUUGUCUUUGUCGAAAAUAUUGGAUUCGUGUAUUUUUUUCUAUUUUGACAGUCGGUAUUAUCAAAGACUACUUAAACACGGCGAUUUCAGACGCCGUUGCGAAAAAUAUUGUAAAAUGUUUGAAACUAGAUGGAUUUAUAUAAUUCUUUCAACAUUUAUGAGUUCAUAUGGAGAUGCUGUAGGACAAGAAAGAUUCAUUUUGACGGAGGAUCAAAAAUAUACAAAUUCAAGUCCAUCCGUUUUCUCAGGAAAUUUGAUUCCGAAACUUCUGCUUUGUCAAGUUAAUAAACCAUGUAGGUUUGUUCUUCCUAUUGAUGGUAGACAAGACCAAAUGCCAUUUGUGCAAAAUGGACACCGGGACCCAGGCUUGAAUGUGGAACCAAUACAAGUUUGGCAUAAACUUCCAUACCGUUGCUACCAAAACCAAAAGACAUGUCCAUACGAGGCCAUGGUGACAGUUAUCCCACAGGAGGAAAAACCUUAUCAAUACUGCAUACAAACAACUCAGAAAGACAUAGUGAAUGUAGACGAGCUGUGUUUUGUGGUUCAGGGAAUUCGGGACAACUUCAUGAAUGUAACACAGCAUUUCAAUUAUCCUCCUACAUUCCCUAUCAAUUCCACGGUGAAAUGUCCGAACAAUGUGACGUGUCAUUAUACAGUAGAAUUUAAAAGACACGGGGGCUAUUGCAAUCGACCAAGUGAACAAUUUCUAUCCGAUGUUACAAUAUAUAUAAACGAGACCGAAGUGAAGCAGAGCGCGUGCAAAUAUGACGUGGCAAUCACGCCGUCAGCGAAUGCUCGUGGAAACAAGACAGUUUGUGUCUCAAUUAACGCAAUUGCAUCAGUUGUAGAAGCACAUUUUGUGAACAUUGAAGUGACAUCGGAAUCGAGACAAGAACUAGCAGGGCCAUGUAGCCGACGUUACUGCCAGACAGGGAGUGUAUGUGACGCUGUUGAUGGGUCGUCCAAAUGUUUGUGUCCCAUAGGAUAUACAGGAACAGCAUGUGAAAAACCAAUGCAGUGCUACCAGUCUUUUCCAAAUUCUAUCACAUGUUCGGGUACCAAUUGUCACCUUACGGGAAUCAUUAUAGGCACCGAGCAUUUUGUAUCCGAUGGUAACAUAGUCAACAUAACACCGGACGUUCUAAAUGCAAAUGUUAAAAUCGUGGACAUUUUGGCGAGAGGAGAUGCGUCUAAAAUUUGCUAUCAUGUGAAUCAACCGAAUUGUAAAAAGGAAGGAUGCGUUUUAGCGAAGCAGUACUACCAGAACCUCUCUCCUACACCUAUUCCAGGGGGGUUUUCAGCCAACAAUCUGACCUAUGCAUGUAAUACAGACAAAAUCUGUUACGUCACCAUAGGAACUUAUCUAACAAAUAACAAUACUUGUACAAAUGUAACAGUGCAUCCAAAUACGACAAUAAACCAUCACCGUAUAUUUCACCCGCCAACACUGACACAAACAGAAUGUGUUACAUCGAUAUUGGUAAUAGGAACGUCCAAAGCCGGUGAGAAACAACAAUUGUGCUUAAAUACCGGUUAUGAUGUGAAAUGUAUAUCCAUUGAAGUCAAAGACUUUGAAGUAUGCGCAACUAAUCCAUGUAAUAACGGCGGUGUAUGCGAGGCAACAUCAAACGGUUAUAAUUGCACGUGUUUACCUGGAUGGACAGGUACCAACUGUACAACUAAUAUAGAUGAAUGUAGUUCAAACCCCUGUCGUUACGGAGAAUGUCAUGACGAGGUAAAUAACUACAGGUGCACGUGUUACCCUGGUUUUACAGGUCUUAACUGCGGAACAGACAUAGAUGAAUGUUCAUCAAGUCCAUGUGCGAACGGAGUUUGUGUUGAUGGUAUAAAUAACUUCACAUGUAAUUGUGACCCUGGUUACACUGGCAGUCAAUGUAGAACUAACAUAAAUGAAUGUUCGUCAAGUCCAUGUGUACAUGGUUUAUGUGAGGAUGGUGUUAACAAUUACACGUGUCUAUGUGAUGCUGGUUUUACUGGCCGUGAUUGUCGCACAGAUAUUGAUGAAUGUUUAUCAAACCCUUGUCAGAACAGAGCAGUUUGUUUUGAUGGCGUUAACAAAGUCUUCUGUAGAUGUGACAAAGGGUAUACAGGACAUUUCUGCGAGACUGACAUCGACGAAUGUUCGUCAAACCCAUGCAUGAAUGGCGCCAUUUGUUCAGAUCUCGUCAAUGAUUUUAACUGUAGCUGUAAGGAGGGAUAUAGUGGACGUUUCUGUGAAACAAGUUUGUAUCACUGUUAUCCCGGUAUGCGGUGUUUGAAUGGUGGAACUUGUUUCCAAGGCAACUGUCAAUGUCAUGCUGGAUUUACAGGCCAACUAUGUGAAACAUAUAUUGAUCCCUGCGUACCUUCACCUUGUUUACAUGGACAAUGCUAUAAACACAUCACUAACUUUUUCUGUGACUGUCAGGCAGGAUAUACGGGGACAAUAUGUGAUUCCGCAAUUGAUAAAUGUGGUACAAACCCGUGUAUAAACGGAGGUUCAUGUGUUAAUGCAAUCAACAGUUUCACAUGCAACUGUCCAAUAGGUUUCACAGGAGUAACUUGUCAGACAGAUAUAGACAAUUGUCGUUCUAAUCCGUGUUUACAUGGUGGAAAUUGUAUUGACGGUAUAAAUAAUUUCACUUGUCAAUGUCAAUACGGGUAUAGUGGAUAUUUAUGCGAGACUAUCACAGACUUCUGCCUGACGAAUCCUUGUGUAAGAGGAACAUGUUUUUCCCAUGCUACAGAUUACCACUGCACGUGUCCAACUGGUUAUACAGGGAUAACAUGUAAUAAAACAGUAUUGACUAUAAACGGUCCAGAUCGGGUCAGUAUAUCUGUAUCAGGGGGAUCUAAUGUACUGUUGAACUGUAGUGCGACAGGUUCGCCAGCAACUUAUUACUGGACGAGGCUAGAUGGGUGUGGAGGAAUAAGCGUUUCGACAGGAGAAUCCGAUCUUGUAAUUCAUAAUGCAAGUAGAGCUGAUGGAGGAAUAUACAACUGCACUGCUUCAAAUAGAAUAGACCCAAACGUCACUAAAACAUUUCAACUAACAGUUAAUACGAGCUUAAACGAAAAGUGUACGUUUGAGGGCAAUGACAAAUGCAGUUGGAAACAGUUGAAUAAUGAUAAGUUUGACUGGACACAUCAAAACGGCCCAACACAGUCGUCACAAACUGGUCCGGACAGUGAUCACACUUUGGGGAAUGAAAAAGGAGCGUAUCUAUACAUUGAAGCAUCAUCACCAAGGUUACAAGGUGAUUAUGCCAGUAUGGUGUCACAGGUGUUACCAGCAAACCGUACGGUGUGCUUUAAGUUCUGGUAUUAUAUGUACGGAGAUGGUAUCGGACAUUUAACCGUCAAUUUGAAAGAUAUGUGUACACAAAAAGAAACACCAUUGUUUCGCCAGCUAGGUGAUCAAGGUCAGAAGUGGAUACAAUCAUCUAUAACAAUACCAGGUCAGCGAGUCCAGCACGACUAUAAUCUAAUACUGACUGGAGAUAUAGGUCCAACCUAUCACGGAGACAUUGCGAUAGACGAUCUGUCAAUAACUGAUGGUGUAUGCACAAGUGAUCAGAUGGCUGCACCUGGUGUUGCCUUGGUAGGGUAGGAUCUGUAAAACGCUGACUUGUUACACAUUAUAAUAAUAUUAUAUCGCAUUUGAAAUAAAAAAAGUAAUUAUGAUAAACA